AUGCCGAUGCUGCCAUAUCCUUCCAAGGGCGGAUGGACAAAGACACCUCUUGGAGCUGGAGAAGGUGCUGACUGGUUGCGGCAACUGCUGCAGGUGUCGGGUAUCCCGCUUGGAGCGCUUGGGAACAUCGGGACACAUUCGCUCAAGACCACAACACUCAGCUGGAUGGCCAAGUUUGGGGCCCCAAUCAGUAUCAGGCAACAUUUGGGAUAUCAUAUGCCGAGUGCCGACAAGAUGGCCCUGCUGUAUUCACGUGAUGCAUCUGCUGGACCGGUUAGGAAGCUUGAGGAAUGCCUUGCUUGUGUCAGGGAGGAGACCUUUGUCCCUGAUGCCACGCGAUCUGGGUACUUUCCAAUGCAGGGUCGUCGACUUGAGCCUGAAAAUGAACAGGCCCUUUCUGGAGUUGGCACCCCUGAAACUGACACGGUAGUGGAUUUCAGUGACACAGACUCUGAAGACUCCCGCGACGAUGAGCAUGCCUUUGAGGAACAAAACAUGAAUGAGGCAGCCAUGGACCACGUGGUAGGCUCAUGGAAUGAACAUGCAACUCUUGAAGCCCUGGGAGUUCAAGAGGACGCCCCGCUCUUCAGGAACCGAUUCACCAGAUACAUUCAUUUGCUUUCAGAGGAGGGGGGCAACAAGUUUCGAUGCGGCAGGGAGAUCAAUAACAAAUAUGAAGAGCUUGAGAUUAGGGUGACAGAGGUCUCGGAUACAGUCAAUGGAAUUCUGGCCCGUGGCACGUUGACGGCGAAGGAGGCUAGCCGGAUCCUGGGCCGCAUACAAUUUGCAGAUGCCCAGGUUAUGGGUCGGGUUGGAAGAAUUGCCAUGCACGAGUUCCGGCUUGCCAUUAAAAGCCAUGAGAGCGUCACCCUAGAUAGGUGUGCCGUCGAGUCUCUGCACAUCCUGAUGGACAGGCUCACCACUGGAGAACCCCGAAUGGUCCCAUGUUGCGACCAGCGUCGGCCCAUACUGGUUUUUACUGACGGAGCAAGCGAGGUUGCUGGUCACACCAUCGGGGGUGUUAUGUCCAAUGACAACCGCUUUGAAUAUUUGUCAUGUGCAGUGCCGGAGCGCUUGGUUGAGGGGUGGGGAUCCAUGUUUUCCCACUUUAUUGGACUUGUGGAGCUCUAUGCCAUUUUGGUGAGCCGGCUCCUCUGGAACGAUCAACUUAGUGGGUCUCGCACUAUUUAUUUCAUUGACAACAAUAGCUCGAUGGAUGCAUGCAUCAAGGGGACCUCCGGAUCCAAACCCGUCCGGGAGCUGUUGUUGUGCUGGGAGAAGCUGGAAGAGAAGGCCCGGUCCUGGACUUGGUUCACCAGAGUCCCGAGUCAGAGCAACCCAGCCGAUGAGCCAUCUAGAGCAUGUCACGACUUGAUGGUCAAACUGGGAGCCGUGAGGCGUCAAGCAGUUUGUCCUCUGACAGGGGUUCGAAUGACCGUCCUCCAGUUGCAAUGCCACAUUGAGGAGACAGUUGACCUUUUGCAGGACAUGGGUUUCGACGGCCAUUUUAUUGUCAUUUUUCUGGACCAAAUUCAUGCUGAACUUCAAAGAUUUUUGCGUAUGUGUGAUCGCGCCAUUGCUGGCCUCGAAUACCGUCUUUUUGACAUUUUUCUCCGACGACUUCGCCUUUGA